CUGGCCCGCUUUUCCCGCGAAACUCGUCCUCCUCGCCUCACCAACCACGCCAUCAUCCUCUCCCUCUCCUUCUUCCUCUCGUCCGUCCUGCCUCUCCUUUGCCCCGCUCCUCCCGCCUCAUAUUCUUCUGUACUCUCCUCUCAUCAGGCGGGCGGAGUCUUCCCCUUUACACGUUCCCAUCAGGAGAUGGCUAGCCUUCUUCGCUGAUCUUGGAUCCCGGGGGAGAAUUUGGUGCUUCCAGGCCACCCGCUCAGGGAGGAUAAUUAGCACCCACGCAAGACUCUCUCAAUAUGCUGUGCUGUGGAGGUGUAGAGGAGGAGUUCUUCGGUCCACCGGCUAGCCAACAUGCGGCGCCCCCAAACCGGGCUGCUCCUGGUCAAGGCAGAGAUCCAAGGGGACCAGGUACAAUGAAAAGUGGGGCACCUGCAAAGGUGCUGCCGAUCGAAAUACCAGCCAUACCAUUGGCUGAGCUGAAUCGACUGACCAGUAAUUUUGGUCAGAAGGCUUUGGUCGGAGAAGGAUCUUAUGGACAAGUCUACCAGGCAACUCUGAGUACAGGAGAACCUGUUGCGAUAAAGAAGCUGGAUCCUAGUGCCUCAAAUGAUCCUGAUUCUGAUUUUGCUGCUCAGUUAUCGAUGGUCUCCAGACUCAAGAAUGAUUUUUUUCUUGAGUUGUUGGGAUACUGUUUGGAAGCAAAUAACAGGAUAUUGGUGUAUCAGUUUGCUGCAAAAGGAUCUUUACAUGACACUUUGCAUGGGAGGAAAGGUGUGCAAGGUGCUGAACCUGGUCCACUCCUUAACUGGAGCCAAAGAGUGAAGAUUGCUUAUGGUGCAGCAAGAGGCCUCGAGUAUCUUCAUGAGAAAGUGCAGCCUCCGAUUGUUCAUCGGGAUGUCAGAUCCAGCAAUGUUCUUCUCUUUGAUGAUUAUGCUUCCAAGAUUGCGGAUUUUAAUCUAACAAACCAGUCUCCUGAUACAGCGGCUCGUCUGCAUUCUACUCGAGUGUUGGGGACUUUUGGCUAUCAUGCUCCUGAGUAUGCCAUGACCGGGCAGCUGACACAGAAGAGUGAUGUUUAUAGUUUUGGCGUCAUCCUUCUGGAGCUGCUAACGGGGAGAAAACCUGUAGACCACACCAUGCCAAAGGGACAACAGAGUCUUGUCACUUGGGCGACUCCAAGGUUGAGCGAAGACAAGGUUAAGCAGUGCGUGGACCCGAAGCUGGAGAACGAUUUCCCCCCCAAAGCCGUCGCCAAGCUGGCCGCAGUAGCAGCGUUGUGCGUGCAGUACGAGGCAGACUUCCGUCCGAACAUGACGAUCGUGGUGAAGGCACUUCAGCCACUUCUCAACACAAAACCAGGGCAGGACAACCAUCAGUGACCCACCCCUCACGUCGAUCGUGGCAUAGUUCGUUCAUCUCUCCACCUUCAUGAGAUUUUAUUGUAUAUCUACUGAUCCUGCGGAUUUUUUUGUGAAUGCGCGCACUCGUCAUGUGUCAGAGACUCGGUCUUAUUAUCUUAGACAUGAUAUUGUUGAGAUAAUCUAGAAAAUUUCUUUGU